AUGUCGCUGCUGGAUGCUCACCUGGAGCAGAUCUCAUUCUGCGCGGCAUCAAUCGCUGAAUUGAAGUGGCAUACCGACCCCUCAGCAUCCGCCAACAGAAGAAACACCAUCUUCAACGCCAAUGGAGCCGGCGCAAGCAUUUCUGGAGGCGGGGCGAAUGCCGUUCGCGCACCCAGGCGAAACACGGCAGUCGCAGCCGUUCUCGGCAACAAUCUCGUCGAGAGGAUACGAAGAGGUGGAGGUGGAGGAGCAGGCUCAGGUCUCGGCUACCGAAAAUACGACGGCAACAACAAGAACGAGGUGGAUGUCGAGUCACUUCUAGAAGGCGCCGAGAAGCUACUGGGAGUAUACCCCAUCCCAGGCGCGCAAGAAAAGAUCGCAGCCAUGCGCCAGCGACACGCACAAGUCACUGCCUCGAUAGACUACUACGAAGAACGCCUUGAACAGCAAACCAGUGAAUUCAGUAGAUUGAACCGCAAUCGCGACUUUUUGGACGAGAUUGAGGAUGCAGAGGAGGAGCCGCCUGAAGCACCGCCACUCAGCGAGGAAAAUCUUAGGAGGGAGGAAGAGGAAAUGAAACAGCUCGAGAGGAAGAAGAGGGAGCUUGAAGAUCGCCUUCGUGCAAAUGCUAAGGCCUUUGCUCAGACCGUCCUCUCAACAGCUCCCAAGUUAUACUCUGCGCUCCCCACUCAAAACGAGCGCUUCAGGUCCACCCUACCAAUCUACCAAGACGCUGUCAGGUCCGGCUUGAUCAAAGGUCAAAUCCCCAUUUCCCUUGGCGGCACGUCGAACGGCCUUCUCGAUGCCGCAAUCGUUGUUGAGGAAUUCCAUGCCGUGGAGCCCAGCACAGCAAUCACUAUUCUAGGUACUGGACUAGGACUCACCCCAUUGAUACUUGCUGGAAGCAAAGCACAGCACGAGAAAUUCCUCUCGCCUUUCUUGAAGCAAGAGGGUGAGAUGCUGGCAAGCUUCAUGCACAGCGAACCUGGCGGUACAGCGAACUGGCUAGAGAAAGGAGCACCAGGCUUACAAACAACCGCAUAUAGAGAGGGCGAUGAGUGGAUCGUCAAUGGGGAGAAACUCUGGACAACAAACUCCGGCGGCUGGGACUCGCACGGCGCAGACCUAGCAUGUCUCGUAUGCCGGGAGGUCCCCACGACCCCGUCUCCCCAAGACCCAGAUAUCGAUCCUUCUUCAAAGAUCCUCAUCCUCCUCCUCACCCGCGCCGACAUCGCCACCAACCCCCCAUCCGCAUACACCAUCCUCUCCACCCCCGCCCUAUCCGGCCACAAAUCCACAAACGGCCCCCACACAUCCUUCACCUCCUUCCGCCUGCCGCACGCCAACCUCCUCGCCCCGCCCGGCGCAGGCGCACACGUCGUCGAGCGCACAUUCGGCACCAGCGCCGCGCUCGUCGGCGCCAUGAGCGUCGGCGUCAUGCGGCACGCGUUCACACUCGCACUGGCGUUUUGCACGCGCGAGACGAGAGGUGGGAACUCGCCGAUUAUCUCGCGUCAGGCUGUGUCCGACCGCUUGGUGGACGCCAAGUGCAGCAUCGACGCAGCGCGCGCACUGGUCUGGAAAGCCAUGGGUGCGCUGGAAAGUCCAGACGAUCGGAUAUCCUGGGACAGCAGACUGGAACUCGCGUGCGAGGCCAAGGUGUGGUGUAGCGAACAGGCCGUGGGCGCGGUGCAGACGUGCAUGAGUGUUGUGGGCAUCAGUAGUUAUGCGGAGGACAUGGGGCUUGGCGCGAUUCUGGCGGAUGCGGCGUGUUUGCCGCUGUUUGAUGGGGGGAAUGUUGGGGUUAGGAGGAGGCAGAUCGAGGAGAUUAUGAGGAGGGAGGGGUAUGAGCCUUGGAAAGCGACGUUUGGGUAG